AUGAAGUUCCUCAGCAUCAUCUCUCUUGCCGUUUCCCUUGUCGCUGCCGCUCCUGUCGAAGUCGGCUUGGACACCGGUGUUGCCAACCUCGAGGCCCGCCAGUCCUCGACCCGCAACGAGCUUGAGUCCGGUAGCAGCUCCAACUGCCCUAAGGUCAUCUACAUCUUUGCUCGUGCCUCCACUGAGCCCGGUAACAUGGGUAUCAGCGCAGGCCCCAUUGUCGCCGACGCUCUCGAAAGCCGCUACGGCGCCUCGCAGGUCUGGGUUCAGGGCGUUGGCGGCCCUUACUCUGCCGACCUGGCCUCCAACUUCAUCAUCCCCGAGGGCACCUCCCGCGUCGCCAUCAACGAGGCUAAGAGACUCUUCACGCUCGCAAACACCAAGUGCCCCAACUCCGCCGUCGUCGCAGGCGGAUACAGCCAGGGCACAGCCGUGAUGGCGUCCUCCAUCUCCGAGUUGAGCUCCACGAUCCAGAACCAGAUCAAGGGCGUCGUCCUGUUCGGCUACACCAAGAACCUGCAGAACCUUGGACGCAUCCCCAACUUCUCGACGUCCAAGACCGAGGUGUACUGUGCCCUCGCCGAUGCUGUGUGCUAUGGCACGCUGUUUAUCCUGCCGGCGCAUUUCUUGUACCAGGCCGAUGCUGCUACUUCUGCCCCGAGAUUCCUUGCUGCUCGCAUUGGUUGA